GAGGUGGGCAAGUUCAUGAAACCCGGGAAGGUGGUGCUGGUCCUGGCCAGACCCUACUCCCGGUCAUCGUAAAGAACAUGGAUGAUAACACCUCAGACCAUCCCUACAGCCAUGCUCUGGUGGCUGGAAUUGACCGCUGUCCCCACAAAGUGACAGCUGCCAUGGGCAAGAAGAAAACCAUCAGGAGGUCAAAGAUCAAAUCUUUUGUGGAAGUUUAUAACCACAGUCACUUCAUGCCCACAAGGUACUCUGUGGACAUCCCCUUGGACAAAACUGUCAUCAAUAAGGAUGUCUUCAGAGACCCUGCUCUUAAAGGCAAGACCUGACAAGAGGCCAAGGUCAAGUUCGAAGAGAGG